AUGUUAAUUGCACUGAAACCAACUAAACAAACACUACUUAGUGCACUUUAUUAUGCUGCUCUUAUCAAAGAGGCUGGCUUCCCAUCAGAUGUUGUCAACAUCAUACCAGGUGAUGGGCCUGAAUGUGGUUAUACAAUUGCUGUUCACGCACAUAUUGAUAAAGUAGCUUGUACUAGUUCAGUUGAAGUUGGAAAGAAAAUACGAGAAGCGGCAACUACAUCAAAUCUUAAAUGUGUUACAUUUGAACUUAAAUGUGGUGAUGAACGAGUUGAUAAUAAAGAUUAUUUUAUCAAAGCAACUAUUUUUAGUGAUGUAAAAGAUGAUAUGCAAAUUACUCGUGAAGAGAUAAUUGGUCCAGUAAUGUCAGUCUUAAAGUAUGAUUCAUACGAAGAAGUUAUCAAACGAGCAAACGACACGACCUUUGGACUUGGUGCUGGAGUGAUAACUAGAGACAGUAAAUUUGAAAGAAAUGAUUAUUGA